AUGCACGCGUUUUGUGGUCGGGGCAUCGGAGAGGAAGGCCACGGACAGCAAAGAGAGUGCUCGGAUUGCCAGAAGAGCAAAGCACUUUUAUUGCCAACGUUCGUUGUUUGCCUCGGGUACGGACUGGCCCCGCCGCUGAUCAGGUAUCUGGAGAUGGGCGGAGGCGCGGAGGGCACCGCAGGCCGCGAUGCCGAUAGGUACAACGCUUUCGCAAGAGGGCUCGUGGACCAGAUGUGCGCGGUCACCAUGGACCGCUCGGGCAUGGGCUCGACCGAUCAUUCUAGCCGCGGGAGAGGGUCGUCCAAGGUUGGUCGAAUCUGGCAACGCGGGGCGAAGAUGGUUGGACGCGGGGGUCGGCGUGCGGGAGGUGGCGGGGUCGUGCUGGACGGGGUGGGGAGGGAGGCGAUACUGCGGUUGCACAAGGACGUAUCCCGGCUGCAGUCCAACGCGUGGCAGGGUCUUGGCACCAAGUGGGCCAUCCGCAGGGUCCUCCAGGCCGUGGUCGAGGGCGGCCAGUUCGACGUCGCCAGGGCGCUUGUCGAGAGCUCCCUCGCGCCGACGGUUGGGGCUGGCGGAGGAGAAGUGGGCGAGGAUGACGGGCGCGCUGGAAGUCCGGCCGACGAUGAGACGGAAGAGGCGAAACGUCAGGAGAGAAGAUCGAUCGCCGAAGACGUCCUGCUCUCGGCAGCGACGGCUCACUUUAACGCCGCCCCCUCCUUCGAGGACGGAGAAGAGCUGCGGUGGGCUCAGAGAUGGCUGGACCUCUUGCCGUGGUCCUCUCCGGCCCUGGAUCGAGAGAGGAGCCUUCAUGACGCCGGAAGGCUCGCGCACGACCUCGGCGCGGUUGACCUAGUCCCGCUACAGCUCCGUCUCCGUCUCGGCGACCGCGAUUCGUCUUCCGCCAGUGGAAGUGUUGCUGCUGCUGACGGAGCAAUGGGGGUCAUCCAAGAAGUCUUACGCUGCAACCCGGACUCCUUCAGGGACGGAGGGGGCUCCGCGUUGGAAGAGGGGGGUGACGGGGGAUGGGGGGGCGAGGGCGAAGGCCUGUUCGGCGCUGGAAAGGUGGGGGGUCUCAUCCGCACCCCUCCCGGCACGGGCCUGAUGCGUCUAGCGGGCCUCCUGGGCCUAACUUCCGGCGAAGAGAUCGACCGCGUCAGGGCGCUCGUGGCCAGGGCCGCCCUCGAAGCUGGCGACGGCAGAGCGGCCUGCGACAUCCUGUCGGUCGCCAUUCUGCGUCGCCCCCCUCGCGGGCGGCGGCGGGGGGAGGAAGACGGGGGCACGGUGGUGGUGCCCUUCGCGCCGGAGCUGUGCGAGGCACUCGAUCUGGUGGUGGAGUGGGGGGGGUCGGGAGCCCCGCGUGUUGGCACGGCUGCGACGGGUGCCCCUUCCCCCGCUCGAACGGCGGACCUCUGCGCGCAGGCCCUGUCCCGCUGCCCUGCCUCCCAGAUAGGCCGGCUUUUACGGUCCUGGUCUCGCUUUGAGGCCGUCUGCUACCUUGCGGGGGCUGCUGCUGCUGCUACGCCGACCGCUUACAGCGGCGGUGCCGGCGUUGCCGAAGGCGCCGGUAGGAGUCCCUGCGACGGGGGUGGAGGUGGGGGCCCCGCAGCCGUCGCGAGCGUACUGGUGGAGGGGGGGAUGGACGAGCGCGCCGCCGCGUCGGUGGAGCGAUCGCUAGUCGUCGGCUUCCAAGCGGGGGAGGGUAGCGGCAGCGACGAUUCCUCAUCUUGGUUGAACCGCCGUUUGGGAGUUGGCGGCGGGGCGGCGGAGGGAGCUCUGCGCGUUCUCUUUCUUCGGGAGCACGACUCGUGCUUGCUGUCUCCGUUUUCCCGCGACGCAGCAGGGGACGGGGAUGGCGCGGCGACGACGGAAACGCUGGAAGAAUACGCCGGCUCGACGGAGGCAGCAGAAACGGCGGCCAUGCUCGAUGAUUCAGCGAGGAGAGAAGCGACGAGCCGCCUGUGUAUCCUCCUAGCCCUGGCCGAGCUACGAUUGUCGGAAGAGGAAGAGGAAGUCACAGAUUCAGACACCGCAAGUGGCCCAAAACAACCUUCUUCUUCUGCCUACGGCAACCAAGGUGGCUCGGUCGAAGCCGCGGCGGCGGCGGCGGGACCGGGGGCGGCGGCCGCGGCACGGGAAGCGGCCGACGAGUUCGGGGUCGGAGCGGUCGAGCGCGCCGUCGGGUACGCCCUCGCCGCCGCGGACGGCCGAGCGGCUCUCGGCGCUCUCCGGGCGUCGCUGGAGCGGGCGGAGGAGGGAGUUAUGGGUCUAAGAGAGGAUUCGGAGGCGGCGGCGGCGGAGGAUAGAGGCGGAGCCGGCGGGGGGCGACGGACCGGAGCAGACGACGAGGUGGUGGUUGUGACUCAUAUUUUGGAGAAGGCGGUCGUGUCGGCGGCCGUCAUCAUAGACCCCGACGAGAGCCUUGUCCAAGCGCUCGGCAAGAGGGGCAUCUCCUCCAACCGGGCCCGCCGCGCCUGCGUCGCCACUCGUAACGCCUCGCGCGAGGCCGCCAUCGCCUGGUGCGUCGAGCACUCGGCCGACCCGGCCAUGGACGCUCCCUUCAUCUCGUCGCGCCGGGCGCCGCCGGCGCCGACAAGCGGCGGCAGCGGGCGCCAGGCUAGCAAAAUCGACGGCAGCAGUGGGAGCAGCGGCGGGGACGGCAGGAUGCGGGCGGCGAUGAGAUCGCGUGAUAGGGCGGCCGCCGCCCUGGAGGCCUACGUGCACGCUAGGCUGGCCGUGGUCAACGGGAAUACCGGCGGCGGCGGUGGCGGCGGCGUCGAAGCGGUUUUCCCCGCCGUUGAGGAGGAGAUGGAGGAGCUACUCGCCGUGAUAACUUCGUUCCGGCAACGGCAGAGCCUGGGGCUGGCGGAGGAGAAGGCGAGGGGUAUCUUGCCGGCGACGGUGGAUCUCGGAAGGUUCGCGGGGGACCCUCGGUAUCGCCAGAAACAGCAGUCGAGAUGCAGUGAUGGGUCCAUGGUCAUGAUGGUCAUGAUGGUCAUGAUGGUCAUGAUGGUCAUGAUGGUCAUGAUGGUCAUGAUGGUCAUGAUCGUCAUGAUGGUCAUUCUGGAGACCAACUUGAAGGUGCGAGGUCUCCGGAAAAGGUUUCGUCUCGAACAGGCUGAACUCGAAAGGGCAGCCACGGACGCGGUGGCCUCAUGGGCAGCUUCUUCUUCUACUGCCACCGGCGGGGGGAAGGACCCUCGUGGCGUCAUCGCCCUCGCGCGCGAGUACCCGGACACGGACGUCUGGAGAGUCGCCGCGGCGGCCACAACCGCUCUGCUGGGCCGGGGUUACGCCAAUCUACGGAGCAAGGGAGUCGCCGCCCCUGCUGCCGUCACCCGGGUGGAGACAGAGCUGAGAAACGGCGGGGCAGGAGGAGGCGGUGCGUUGUUGGACGCGUUGUUGGACGGCGGCGGCGGCGGCGGCGGCGGCGACGGCGGCGGCCGGGGAGGGCAGGACGCUCUGCAGGUCGUGCGCGACGUGUUCGUCGGUGCCGCGGGCGGGGACGACCUCCAUCACCUCGAUCUUCUCCUCCGGUUGAUGUCCGAAGCGUCGGCGAGAUCCGGGCCGUCGGGCGGUGCCGAGGCGGGCGGCGCCAUCGGCGGCGGUGCGAAGAAUCCAAUCGAGAGGCGGCUCAACGCGCACAUUGGGCUCAUGAGACGGCUCCUGAAGGCCGCCCCGCCAGGGCUCGACUACAAAGCUCUCAUCGGGGACGAUCCGCUGGCGGACCCGCUCGCCGACCCCGAAGCGGGGGCCGCCGCCGCCGCCGCGUUCGCCGGAAACUCUUCGGCGCCGUCCAGCAACGACAGCACCAGCACUAGAAGCGGCGCCGGCGGCGCCGCCGCGACGCAAAGGACGGCGGCAGGGCUGGCGGCGGCGCGAGCGCGGGCCAUGGCCGAGGUACGGUCGGUCGCGGGGCUCGAGCACGUCGCGGUACUGUCGAAGCUGGCGGCGCGGAUCCCCGGAAUGUCGGUCUCGGCAGUGUACCUGGCGGUGGCGCAGCGGGUGCUCUGCGGCGAGACCGGCGGGCUGUCUCCGGAGGAUAUGGACCUGUUGCGCGGUGCCCUCAUCACCGGCAGCGGCGAGGAAGAGGAGGCGGAAGCAUUAUCUGCCUCCGUGUACCACCUCCUCUCCCCCCUGCUCCCCAAGAUGGCGGCGCAUGACUUGGUCGACUUGGCCGCGGCUGUCUGCGCCCCCCACGCUGCCGGCGACCACCGGGGGUACUACCCCUGCCGCAGAACGACCGCCGCGGCGACAUCCUCGCCGGCCCCCGCGGACAACAGAAUGGCACCCUUGCGUCUCACGGUGCGGUGCAGGCGAAGGCUCCUGGCGGCGGCGGCGGCGGUAGUCGCCGAGGGCAGCGGUAGCGCGGAGGCGGCUUCGGCGGCUGCAGCGACUCUUGCCGGCCUGAGCGGCCUCUUGGACGCUCUCGACGUCGUGGCGCCCCGGGAAGUGGUGGGCCGUGAGCUCGAGAUGGCCUGGGCAGCGUCGAACAGAGCCCGCAGUAGUGAUGGUAAUAGCGGCGCAGAGACGGCCACGCUGCAACAAGAGCGCGCGGUCUCCGCUGCUGCCGGGGUUGCGGCAGACAUGGUGGCCAUGGGCGCCCCCCCCGUUGCAGUAGAUGCCGUUUGCUCGGCCAUGCAAGCAGCGCUAGGGGUUCGGGCCACCGAAGAGGCUUGGGCAGCCACUGCGGGGGAAGCCUCCGCGAAGCAAGGAGCAGCGGCGACGGAGCUGCUGAACCCCUCCUGCGUCUACACCGCCGCGAUCGCAGCGAUCUUGGCGCGGUUGGUUUCUGGCGACCAGGUCGACCGUGCACAGGCACUCAAGGCACUCCGGCGGAUUUGCACCGUCGCUGCAACCGGAUCCGGGGGGUGGGGCGGGAGUCACCGUGAUGCCGGGGCGGCGGCGGCGGCGGCGGCGGCGGCGGCGGCCGUGAAUGGUAAGGCUUGGGGAGUUCUUGCCCCGAGGCUUGGCCUCUUCUGCAGGGAAGGAGACCCCAGUUUGGGGGCAAGCGACGGCGGCGGCGGCGGCGGUAACGACGAAGCUGCUGCCCCUUCGGUGGUGUUGUGGGCCCGCGCCGAGGUGUUGACCCUCGUGCGAAGCUUCGGUGGAGCGUCGGUUGUCGCCGACGACGAGGAGCCGGAAUCCACCACCGGCAGUAGUGCCAGCGAGGCGGUCGGAGGAGUGACAAGCGACAACCAACAGUACGAAGAGAGCCACGGGCUUGUCGGCGACGGUGAUGGCGCGGGCCGUAGGUUGCCGUCGCCCUUGCCGGCGCAGCUGUCGGUCCCGUUCUUGCGAGUAGCGGAGCUGGCCAUGGAGGCGUUCGGGAAGCGAACCUCGCCGGAGGAUGUGGACUCGUGGGUGUCCCGUUCGGCGUUCCUGGGGUUGCUCGUGCCGGCCGCUACGUCGGGUGCUAUCUGCGGCAGCCGCAAGAAAGAAGACGUACCGAGCGCGGCAGGCCAAGAGGAGCCCGUGGCAGCGACGCAACAACUCCGUCUAAGGCGCCUUGAAGCAAUCGUCGACAUGUUGUCCAUCUGGGAAUCCGAAGAACUUGAAGGGGCAGCAGCAGCAUGUCCGCCUCACGGCGCUGUCCUGUUAUCAGCAGCGGAACAAGUACGCCGGUUGCGAGCGAAGGCAGCCGUGAAAGCAUUGGUUGGCCCCGCUUUCAACGACGAUGCUAUCCCUCCGGAUAGCCUCGGGGAGGGCGAGGGGAACCAGUCGUGUCCGACGGCGCGAGAGGGAUCAAUUACGGGCCUCUCGCGAGAGUGGUGGCCGAAGCUCAUCUCGGCUGGGGUGGACGCGCGAGAAUGGGAGUUCGUGUGCAGGUGCUUGGUGUCGACUGGUUGCGCCGCUUUUACGUCGGAAGGGUUCGAGGAAGCGCUGUGGUCCACUCUAGAGGCCUUGGGCGCGCCUCCGCUCGCGUGCAUCAAGGUCGGGCUUGCCUCUCUUCACCCAUCCAGGCAUGUGGCCGCCACGAAGCUGUUGGCGAGCGAGUUGAGCGCUAGCGAUAGCGGCCCGACUGCCAGCGUGGACGUUUCCACCUUGCAUCUCGCUCUCUCGAGCCCGUCUCUGGGGCAGCUGGCCAAGACUGCUCUCUACCCUUCCCUCGCGGCCGUCGCGAUGCGGUGCAAGCUCUGGUCCUGCCCUCUUCCCCAACAGCAGCAGCAGCAGCAGCAGCAGCAGCAGCAGUUGUCCUCGUCGACCGCCGACUUGCCACCGCCGCCGACCUCCUCGAUGGAGUUCCUGCUCCUCGCGAUGGCCUCCGCGGGGGAACACGCCAGAGCGGCAGCGCUUGCGUGCGAGACGUCGGGAAUUCACCCGGGCUUGCGCACUCUUGAUGGCGGCUUGGUGGUGCUCGGGAGGCGGCUCAGGGGGGGGGGUGGUGCCUUGGGUACCGGGGCGGGGGAUACGGGCAUGGGGUGGUUUGAGCCGUUGGCUGGCGCGCUCCGGGAGAGAGCGCUGCGAGCUUUCGAGGAGGAUGUUUUUUGAACAACGCGGACUGGCUUGCUCGCGGCAAGCUUUCGAGGAGAACGUGUUUUUGGAGUAUCGUGGACUAGCGCGCAUGCCGACCCUGCUGCAAUCCUUCGAGGAGAAUGUUUUUCGAGUGCAGCUGACUGGCUGGCUUGCUUCCUGCUGCAAGCAUGUUUUUUUAAUUUUCUGUGGACUGGCCUGCUUGUUGUCUGCGAUGAGUAGUGCCGCGUUUGUCGAUGCGCGGCUUGUGUAUGCCAUUGUAUGGCAUGGGCGGCUCUGGUUUACUUCCGAAGGGAGCACCGCUCAGAGUACCAAUGCGCCACAACAUCUAUCCUUCCCUCCCCCGUGUAUUGCCCCUCUUUUUCGAGAGGGGUAAAAGUGGAUCGUUCGUUUGCUUGGCGUCACCAGCUCCUGCAUUCAUGGGACUAGGUGUUGCUAUGCACAUGGCGAGCGCCGCGCAAGGUUCUGGAUGCUGUAUUGGACGUGCUUUGGAGGCCAGUCGCCGUUUUGCCAACUCUCCAUUACUUUCUGCAGGCAAUCUUGUGUGGGGUGCAAUAGGCGGGGGCCAGGCUUUGGGGUUGACGUAGUACGUCCCCAAUGGCAAUGGUAGUACGUCCACAAUGACAAUGUCCACGAUUUGUGUGUUCUGGGUAGUUGGCUUGUGGCCGCGAAAGGCGUCCGU